UGCGGUUAUUUAACCUCGAGAAGCCGUUUGUGUCGCGCUCUCUUCGUUCGUAUAGGAAAAAGCACUGGAUUGCAGCGAUGUCAGUUCAGCUUAUGGCAGCGAAAAUGGCCGAGGUCGAAUUAAAAGAUGUCCCCAAUAAAGAAUUGUCUGCUGUUUCACCAGUGACACCUAAAGCAGACGAAAAGGGUUUGUUAAACAGCGAAUGUAAUGCUUCGGCACCGUCUCCGACAUCGCAGGCCACUGUGAAGGGGGAUCCGAGUCCGGUAACCUCGACGCCGAAUCCAAUGAAGAUGCCUCAAGCAUCCGCGAUGAAGCGGCCAGAUCCACAACAAAACGGCGGCGAAGCAUUUGUUAAUCGCGAUGGCACGGUUGCAGAGGCUCCAAGAAUGAAAAAGCAGAUCCAAUUCGCAGACCAGAAGCAGGAGUUCAACAAGCGGCCCACCAAGAUAGGCCGCCGAUCUCUAUCUCGCUCCAUCUCCCAGUCCUCAACCGACAGCUACAGCUCAGCUGCCUCUUACACUGACAGCUCAGAUGACGAGACCUCUCCUCGGGACAAGCAGCAGAAAAACUCCAAGGGUAAUGGAGAUUUUUGCAUCAAGAACAUCAAACAGGCUGACUUUGGUCGCAGGGAGAUUGAGAUUGCUGAGCAAGAGAUGCCAGCUCUCAUGGCUCUGAGGAAGAGGGCUCAGGGAGAGAAGCCCCUGGCUGGAGCUAAAGUGGUGGGCUGUACUCACAUCACAGCCCAAACUGCUGUGCUAAUGGAGACCCUGUCCGCACUAGGGGCUCAGUGCAGGUGGGCUGCCUGUAACAUCUAUUCCACCCAGAAUGAGGUUGCAGCCGCCCUGGCAGAGGGAGGUUUCUCUGUGUUUGCUUGGAAGGGGGAGUCUGAGGAUGACUUCUGGUGGUGCAUUGAUCGCUGUGUCAACGUGGAAGGCUGGCAACCCAACAUGAUCCUGGAUGAUGGUGGAGACCUGACACACUGGAUCUAUAAGAAGUAUCCCAGCAUGUUCAAGAAGAUUAAAGGCAUUGUGGAGGAGAGUGUGACUGGAGUUCACAGGCUGUACCAGCUUUCCAAGGCUGGCAAACUGUGUGUGCCUGCUAUGAACGUCAAUGACUCAGUCACCAAGCAGAAGUUUGACAACCUGUACUGUUGCCGGGAGUCCAUCUUGGAUGGUUUGAAGAGGACCACCGAUGUGAUGUUUGGAGGGAAACAGGUGGUCGUGUGUGGAUAUGGAGAGGUUGGAAAGGGCUGCUGUGCUGCUCUGAAGGCAAUGGGCUCCAUUGUCUAUGUCACAGAGAUUGACCCCAUCUGUGCUCUGCAGGCCUGCAUGGAUGGCUUCAGACUGGUCAAGCUGAAUGAGGUCAUCAGACAAGUGGACAUCGUCAUCACCUGCACAGGCAAUAAGAACGUGGUGGUGCGGGAGAACCUGGACCGCAUGAAGAACGGCUGCAUCGUGUGCAACAUGGGCCACUCCAACACCGAGAUCGAUGUGGCCAGUCUGCGGACCCCUGAGUUGACCUGGGAGCGUGUGAGGUCACAGGUUGACCAUGUGAUCUGGCCUGAUGGGAAGAGAAUAGUGCUCCUGGCGGAGGGUCGUCUCCUCAACCUGAGCUGCUCCACUGUACCCACCUUCGUCCUGUCCAUCACAGCCACAACUCAAGCCUUGGCCCUGAUAGAACUGUACAAUGCUCCAGAGGGCCGCUACAAACAGGACGUCUACCUACUGCCUAAGAAAAUGGAUGAGUAUGUGGCCAGCCUUCACCUGCCCACGUUCGAUGCCCAUCUCACCGAGCUGACUGAUGAGCAGGCAAAAUAUCUGGGCCUCAACAAGAACGGACCCUUCAAGCCAAACUACUACAGAUACUAAACCACCUUGCACAUGGAAAAAGAAGACUAGAGAAGUUAGUGCAACUCCUCAGUCCAUACUGAGAGGGGGAAGGGGCUUGAGCCUCACUUUCCGAGGGGGGUGGGGGGGGCUCUGUGCUCAUUGGCCAUGAGUGUGGCUAAUGAUGGCUACAGCAGUGUUUUAUUUAUUUUCUGCUAGAAUAAAAUAACUCUAAUAAUUUUAUGAGCUGCUACUGCUGGUGGCCAAUCCUAGCACCAUUUUCAUGGGGAAUUCAUUGUUUCAUCCUCCAUUAGCUUCAUGGGUCAAUUGUCUGUAAUUAAUUUAGAGAUAUUUUGUUGUUUAAUUAUGGCUAGGCUAAUGUUGAAAAAACCUGAAAAAAAGGUAAACUAAACAAAUGUGCUUUUUUUUUUUUACCAUUGGUUUUGUGAAGAUGUGUCACUUGUCUUAUUGUCUUUAUUUUCAGUUCUGGUGAUUUUUUAAAAAAAUUCCUUCCUCCUUGUGUUAAAUGAUGGGUUGGGACAAAAUUACAGUUGGGUCAUGGAGUCCCCGUCAUUCCUGUCUGUAGAUCACGUUAUUCAGAUGUCUUUAUCUUUGUUUCUUUCUUUGUUUUUUAAAGUUGUGUUGAUUUUUACUAAACAUUUUAGAACUUUGUUCUAUCUCGGUUCUGAAUAAAAGUAGACUAGUUAAAAUUUAACUGGAUACUGACAGAUGUGGGGCAGGGCCUCUUUCCCCAAUUGUCACUCAAACUGGAAGCAAAUUAUUUCAUUGGCGAGAGCAUCAUCAUCUCAAUGUGUCUCCCAAAUGUGAGCACACUGUGUGUUGAAAUGAAGCCAGUAUUGAUGUUUUAAAAUGUUCCCUCUGACCAUUUCACAAAUUCUCUAGGUCUGGAUUUUAUUUCCACAUAAUUACAUUAUUGCAGACAUGUAGUCAAUCACAGGGGUGUAUAUUUAGAUAUUUAUACAGAAAAUUAAGAUUUUUCUAUCUUCUGCCUCCCAUUUGUUUUUGUUCCCAUGAAAUCGUUCUCUGUCAUUAUAAAGAUAAGCAAUUAAAUGUUAUGAUCUUCUAGUGUAAUAUUAAAUGUACUCAAACCUUCAUUUUAUAUACUGUGAAGUAGAGACUAUUUCAAUGAGAUACCAAAUGUACAGUCAAACCGGUACCAUGCUUCUUUGCCCGGUCCUUUGCUGACUGGGAGCAGCAGCAGAACCAAGGGAAAGGGGGGGGGGGGGGGGGGUUAUAGCCAGGAGGGAUUUAGUUGCACAUUUUCUUGUCUGGACGGUUGAUCAGAGUGAACCGGUUCGGUUUUACUGUGUGCAGAACUGUGACGUGAAAGAGCUACCUUUGUGACAGGCUUAUUCUAAUCUAAUAAAAUGGGGACCUUUUAUUUUACCACACUUCUGAAUAUCUUUUUGGCAGACGCUUGCCUCGUCCUUUGCCAUCUGUGUGUUUGGCGUAAAGGGAAUGACUUGCUACUACCAUUUCCUCACUGUCCCACUCUGCCUGCCUGGGCCCUGUUGUGGGAGCAGGGAAACCCUUUGGUACUGUGGGCUCCCUUGGUGCACUGCCUGGCUGGCAGAAGGAUAUUUGGAGUCCAUCCUUGCUUAAGCCUUUUCCUUUUCUUUUCAAGCUGGUCACAUUUCUCAUAAACUUUCAUGCAACAUAUACAAUCAGAUUAUAUUUUAUGUUGUCCUGAUACAGCAGUGUUAAAUAGGUCCACUUUAGGAUCCCCACAGAAUUUCUGUGUUGUGCAAGCCAACCCUAACUCAUUUUAAUUUUUCAAAAAGAUAAUUUUUCUAAAUCUCCUAGAGGUCACAUGAAUUUUCUUUACCAAAACUAUACGUGGUGUAAAAACUGUGCAGAUGUGCUCUACUGCAUCUCUGUUUGAGUGCAAGUUUUUACCCCAUCCAUCUAAACUGCCCUUAUAGACUCAGUCUCUUCAGCUGUCUACCUUUGCACAUAACUCAUACUGUUUGUCAUAUGGGUUAGCACAUAUCUAGAUGUGUUAAACCCAUUGUUUUAAUGUUUUUAACCUUGACCCCCACCCCACAAAUGUUCUUUCUGCAUCUGUGUGCAUGUGUGUGUGUGUGUGUCUGUGUGUGUGUACGGGUUUUCUGGAAGGCCAGAACUUUUGUUGCUGUGUUGCUGUUGACUCCAGAUCCAGGUGCAUGUAUAAGGCUGCUGUGAUCUGUGGUCUCACAGAAACAUGCGCACCAGGUCGACACCAGCAUCUCGUAUGGAGAGCAAAUUUAAUAGGAACUAAAUCAGAUUCACUCCUGUAUUUAUUUUAUUGAAUACAAAUAAAAGUCUUUUACUCUUAAUUUGUCAAAACCAUGUUUAAAUAUUGCAAGUGGUAAUGGUAGAUGAGCAAUAAUCAAUAUGUAACCCUAAAGAAUGAAAAUAAAAUUCAUAAAAAUGUACUCAAGAAAGUUG